AUGUUGUGCUUCGAUAGAUUGCCAUUCUUCUUUAGCGGCUCUGGGUUGGUGCAAGAGAUCUGCUGGUCAAUCUUGAAGGGGUUGCUUGUUUUAUGUUAUGUGUUAUCCACCACCGAUGCUUACUUACUGAAUAAACCAUUGGAAGCACAAGUUCUGUCUCCAGCCACAGUGCCUUUGACAGCUCGUGCUAUGCAGGAGCUGCCCCAACCUGCAGAGCUGCCUUCAUUUCAUAAAGCUCGCCAGAAACUUCUUGCUCCUCACGGUGCACCUGGCUCUGUACCAGCAUCAGCACAGCCUCCUAAUUAUGGUCCUUUUAUAACAUCUUCCCCCCCUUCAAGCUCACUAUUGUCGAAACCAUCAAUGAAGAAGAGUGGAUCAGUGCCUCUCAGAACCAGCCUUCCACCUCCACAUUUGUCAGAGAUUGCCCCAACUCAACCUUCGCCUACUACUCUACCUGCCGCUUUAGCUCAGCCGCCACUAUCUCCUACCAUCUCCAACUGUUGUGGACCAGACAUGGUGCUCAAACGAGAAAGCCAGGGCUGCCACUGUGUAUAUCCAAUAAAGCUUGACAUUCUUCUUGUGAAUGUCUCAUCUAACCCAAAUUGGAAUCGUUUUCUAGAACAAUUUGCUUCCCGACUAGAUUUGCAGGUUUCACAGAUUGAGCUUAUUAAUUUUUAUAUAGUUGGCAUAUCGGGACUUAAUAUAUCGAUGGACAUUACUCCACUUAAAGGGAUUAGCUUUUCUGCCAGUGAAGCUGCUAGAAUUAACUCUUCACUGUCUAUGCAUAAGGUUCAUCUAGAUCCUGCUUUAGUGGGUGACUACCAGCUUCUCAACAUAACCUGGUUUAAGCCCCCAGUUUCAUCUCAAGCUCCUGUUUCUUCUAAGCCUCCAGUGGGAACACCUCCACACCUGCCCUCAACACCUGCAGCUGUUGCCACGUCAGACAAAGUGAAACGCCCAAGUUUAGUUCUUAUAAUUGGAAUUGGAGCCGGUAUUCUAAUUAUUGCUAUCAUUUCCGUGCUUAUAAUUUAUUUGUGCACAUCUCAUCAAGGGAGGAAACGAGAACCUUUUAAAGAAGCUGCGAAGGUGAGGACUGUGGAUGCUGUUCCAGCAGGAGGAUCUCUUCACCAUCCUACCAGCACACGGUUUCUUACUUAUGAAGAACUAAAAGAAGCUACAAAUAACUUUGAACCUGCUAGCAUACUUGGAGAAGGUGGCUUCGGAAGAGUUUUCAAGGGUGUAUUAACUGAUGGGACAGCUGUAGCCAUAAAGAGGCUUACUAGUGGUGGUCAACAAGGGGAUAAAGAAUUUUUGGUUGAGGUUGAGAUGCUUAGCAGGCUGCAUCACCGUAACCUAGUGAAACUUGUUGGUUACUAUACUAAUCGUGAUUCCUCCCAGAACCUACUAUGUUAUGAGCUUGUUCCAAAUGGAAGUUUGGAGGCUUGGCUACAUGGUCCCUUGGGUCUUAACUGCCCGUUGGAUUGGGACACGAGAAUGAAAAUUGCUCUUGAUGCUGCAAGAGGACUUGCAUACUUGCAUGAGGACUCACAACCUUGUGUUAUUCACAGAGAUUUCAAGUCAUCCAAUAUUUUGCUUGAGAACAAUUUCCAUGCUAAGGUUUCUGAUUUUGGCCUUGCAAAGCUGGCUCCUGAAGGCAGGGCAAAUUUCCUGUCUACUCGUGUCAUGGGAACUUUUGGGUAUGUAGCCCCAGAGUAUGCAAUGACUGGGCACCUUUUGGUGAAAAGUGAUGUCUAUAGCUAUGGAGUGGUUCUUCUCGAAUUGUUGACCGGGAGAAAACCUGUAGAUAUGUCGCAACCAUCAGGACAAGAGAACCUGGUUACAUGGGCAAGGCCAAUACUUAGAGAUAAGGAUCGAUUGGAGGAACUUGUUGAUCCUAGGCUUGACAAUAAGUACCCAAAGGAAGAUUUUAUACGGGUUUGCACAAUUGCAGCAGCUUGUGUUGCCCUAGAGGCAAGCCAAAGGCCUACUAUUGGAGAAGUGGUGCAGUCACUUAAAAUGGUGCAGCGUGCAAUGGAGUAUCAUGAUUCUGCUAUAACUACCCAUCCUGGACCCAAUCUUAGGCAGUCAUCCACCACAUUUGAGUCUGAUGGAACAUCAUCCAUUUUUUCUUCUGGUCCUUACUCGGGUUAUAGUGCUUUUGAUAAUGAUAACAUUGUUAGGAGGGCUGUAUUAUCUGAAGAUCUUCAUGAAGGACGAUAA